ACCACACUCGCAUGGGACAGUGCAUUCAAAGGCAACCCCGCGGGUGUGCUUCUUGAGACUAUCGCGGAUUUCCUUUCCCUGGAAAGAUCUCCCUAUGCCAGGCUAACCGGCCUCGUGAAUUCAUCUGGAACCGGCAAAUCUCGCAUGGUGGAUCAACUUGGCAAGGAAAUCAUAACAGUGCCCAUGUACCUACGUUUGUGGGACAGCCAAGGGUUCCCUGAUAGGACUCUGCGUAAUUGGCUUCUCUUUUCUGAGACGACCGAUUGGCAGACUGUUCACAACAGGCUAUGUGGAUUCGCGUACUCCCUCUUAGUGGUAACGCUCAGGGAACUGAAGAUUAUCUCAGAGAAACAAGAUAUACCUGAGUUACCCCGUCACGAUGAGGAGUCUGCUAGAAAAUUGUGCAAGGAAAAGCCGGAAGACUAUGUGCCAUUGGUCAUAGAGCUCCAAAAGAGGCUGGCAUCCGCCUUCCGCGAGCAUAUGACCGCAGGUCAAUCAUAUUACACCUCGAAUUCCAAUCGAGAGAUUUUCUACCACAAGUUUGUGGAAAACAGCGGACAAGUAGAUCAUGAAAAUAUGCCUGAACAUGGACAGUAUGGUUGCGAAAGCUGGAACCUGGUAGAGGCAGGCGAAAGGCUCUGUCGCUUCAUCGAUGAACACAAGGUUUUGGAAUCGCACCAAGGUCCACGACGGCCUCUGGUCAUCCUCGCUCUCGAUGAGGCUCAUGUCCUCACUGAUAACCUACCAGAGCAACGCCGGGAUCUAUUCAUGGUGCUGCGUCAAUACCUACGACAACUCCAAAUGCUCCCAAUAUUUUGGCUGUUCAUUUCGACAGCGGCAUGCUUUGAUAAAUGGCCCCCACGGAAUCUUCCAGAUCCUUCAGCUCGGGUCAGGGAACCUGACAACCGCCCCCUGGAUCUGAUCUCCGAAAUCAGUUUUGAUGACAUUGCGUGAAUGGUGUUCCCCUUGGCUUCUCCUGAACCUGCCGUAUAUAAUCAGCCGGCAGUGGGUACCCUUAAGUCGAUAGUAAGAUAGUUAUCAUGUAAAAAUUACAUAUUCAGU